UUCGAAACCAACGCCAAACUCCUUCUGUGUAUAUUGCAAAGUCACAUGACACUUUGUAUCAAUCUGUCCAGCGUUAGAGAAGAGAAGGGAGAAAAAUAAGGCAGUGGAGCUGCAGGAAAUAAGAGAUGCAGAAGCAAACAUGGCUGCUGGAAGGCCACAUGAUGAAAUACUGCCACUUUGCGAGUGUUGUGAUCAAUAUGGCCACACAGCCGACACAUGCGAAGUUAUGGAUUUUUGUAAUUGGAUGCAAGAUAACAACAUGGACACGGAGGGUGGUGGUGCUGGCCAAACUAUUGGACCAGAAAACAGUGAACCAGCAAAUGACACAACUGCAGAUGAUGUCAUUUUGCUUGACGAGGUGAUAAACACACCAAAUGCUCCAGAUGAAAGUCAAUUUGAACAUGAUUUCCUACAGUUUGACGCAAAUACCUCGUACUGUAGUUGGCACGAUGCAUUUGGCCAUCAUACUGACCAUUGUCCUCAGAACUUUGUCAAGUGUGAUUACUGCCCGCAAUAUGGUCACACUAAAGUGGAUUGCCCAGAAUUUGAGUCUGAUUGCCGAAAAAAGUCCAAAUCUGCUGCUGUUGAGGGACUUGGUGGGUCAGUUUGUACCAACUUAAACGGUGAUUUUCAUGCUGUUAUUCAUGAUAUUAUCAACAAACUCAGGCGGCCACAGAAUGAUCCAAUUACGGAGGACACUCCAAAUGUUGACAACUUGCAACAUACAUUCGAAGUUUCGCAGGCUAUUAAAAGUUCUGAGCGAUCUGCAUCUGUUACGAAACUGGGGCGAAUGGAACAUGCAACUGGUGCGGGUGAUUUGGAUCAUCACCAAACGAGACAAACUGCAGUUGUUACUGCACAGGUCAUGGUCUCAUUUGAGGAACCAGGUGUGUCUCACGCAAUGAAGAAGAAAAAAAAGGCAAACAAAAACGUUUGUGCUCCCAUUGAGAGAAGGUGCAGUGCCAGGCUGAAAGUUGCCCAUGCUUUCAAGAAAAAGAAUGAUGGACUUGGACAGACUGCGGCUGAGCUCGUCGUGUUGGAUGACGAGUGCCCAGAACAAACAAAGAAGCCAAAAUCUAUCAAAGCCUAAGCCGUUCGGCAUUUCACUUGUGUUUUUUCCUUUUAUGUGUUAGUACACUAUCAAGUAUGGUUGAUCUUGG